AUGGGCUCCGUUCGCAAUUUCGACGUCGUUGUUGUCGGCGGGGGGAAUGCAGCACUCUGUGCAGCGCUGUCCGCGCAACAAGCCGGAGCAAGUGUUGCCAUCAUCGAGGCUGCCCCGAAGAAAAGUCGUGGGGGUAACAGCAGAUUUGCAUCAGCAGCGUUCCGGUUCACCCAUGGUGGAAUUAACGACAUCGAGCCGCUGUUACACCCAGGAGCGAAAGCUAGCCUCCAACGUGCGAGGAUAGGACCGUAUACGAGAGAAAAAUACACCGAGGAUAUGCAACGCUCGUCGCGGGGAUUCUACGAUGAGCAGGCGUGGCAGGUCUUUCUCGACAAUUGCUAUGAUACCAUGAAGUGGAUGCGAGACCAAGGAGUAUUGUGGAAGCUUACCCUGAGCAAGUUCUUCAAGGAAGAGGACAUUGUCGAAGGUGUUGUCGAUGUCAACCCGGCCGUGUGUGUCAUGAGCGAAGGUGAAGGCGUGGGCCUCACCGACCGUCUCUGGGCAGCCGUCGAAAGAGUCCCGAUUGCUACCUUCUACUCAACCCCGGCUUGCGAUCUUCUCACUCAAGGCAAACACGUUAUCGGCGUCCGAGCCCGCGGCGAGAAUGGCUUUAUCGACUUCCAUGGACAGAUCAUCUUGGGCAGUGGUGGCUUCGAGGCAUCUCCCCGGCUUCGUCGACAAUAUCUUGGUGAAGGGUGGGAUCUCGCCAAGGUCCGGGGCACACGAUACAACACCGGGAUAAUGAUUGAAAAGGCCAUUGCCGCCGGGGCUCAAUCAGUCGGGCACUGGGGAGGCUGCCAUGCCGUGUGUAUCGACAUCAACUCUCCCCAAGUCGGCGACCUGGAAAUGGGCGACAAGACCAGUCGUUAUUCGUAUCCCUUCGGCAUCACUGUGAAUAGUGACGGACAUAGGUUCUUCAAUGAAGGCGAAGAUACUUUUGACAAUACUUACGCCGCCACUGGACAGAAGAUAGCCGCACAGCCGGGGGCUCGCGCGUUUCAGAUUUACGAUCAGAACGUGCUGAAGAUGCUGGAGCCGAGAUAUUCGACUGGAACACCAAUAGUGGCAGAUACGCCAGCCGAACUUGCGCAAAAGCUAGGAAUCAACAUCAUGCAAUUUUGCCAGACUCUAGACGACUACAACGCUGCUUGUCCCAAGUCUGGAGAAUUCAGCCCAUUUCGUCUCGAUGGUCUCUCAACGGGUAACAAACUGGCCAUUCCCAAAACCAAUUGGGCGCAACCUCUGGUACAUGGUCCCUUCGUGGCUUAUGUAGUCACUUGUGGCAUUACUUUCACAUAUGGCGGCCUCAAAACCGAUGCAUCAGCACGAGUCCUCAAUGACGGCGGGGAACCCAUGCUUGGACUCUGGGCGGUUGGGGAAUGCAGUGGCGGUUUUUUCGCCUUCAACUAUCCUGGCGCUGCAGGGCUGAUGAAAGGUGCUAUAUUUGGGCGUAUUGCUGGUAGAAAUGCCGCACAGAGGGCCGUCAAGAAGCACAGCGACCUAUCAGGGGCUACCAAAAGUGGUGCUGGCCUGACUUCACUGCUGUGA